AUGAACUCCAGUGGGAGUGACAGUGACAUGUCGGAGCUCUGUAACACGAUGCAAAACAACAUGACUCUUUCGCCAACUGCAGACAGUGCUGGAUUAAGUGAAUCUACUGCUGGAGAAUCAUCUGCUGUAUCUACCUCAUCCUCACUCCCAGAUGCAGAGUCGGCUUCCUCUGCCCCUCCUCUUCCAAACACCAUCAUACAGCAACAACAACAGCAACAGCAACGAGAGAUAUUACGUAGAGACCCGCUCGCUCCAUUCCCAUUGCCCCCCGCUCCUCCAAAAAUAUUACGAAGGAAUCCCGAACGAUCUGAUUCGGAUGCUCUCUCUAGCUCCUCUGCUGAUGGUUCCAUGUCGCGUUCCUCUUCCCAAGUCUCAUUCCCCGAUAUGCCGGAACCAGUCGAGUUCCGAGGUGUAUUAAUUGAUCCCUUUAUAUUGAAGAAUGUUACAUUGGCAAAAGACCGUCCAUUCAUAUUGCAGGUGGAAGGAGAACUCGAAGUCUUUGUUACUCGAUUCGACAAGAGGAAUUUGGAGUAUCCUGGACUGAAUAGCUAUCAGAGGCUCAUUGUACAUCGACUAGCUGCCUUCUUCAAACUGACGCAUGUCGUUGAUCGAAUGAAGACAGUCAUCCUACCUGGUCUGAAAUUGCGAGACAUCCCGCCAGUUGAUCCCAGUAUCGCAGCCCUGGAUCCAGAACCCAUAGUUGUGGACACGCCUCCGCCUGUCGGUGUUGUCGACGACUCUGCCAAGUCCAAUGUACAAAUCAUGCAGAGGAAUGGUCGACCACAAUCCGUAUCAACUCCAUUCAGGCCGAAUUCGUCGCAGUAUACUUCUAUAAAUCAACCUCUUAGCCCGCAAUUACCAUCGCCGUCUCCGACUAAUCCUGCAAACCAAAAGUUUGAGGAGAGACUGGAGGAAUAUAAUCGUGCCCGAGAGAGAAUAUUUAGAGAGCCAUCAUCUUCUGCGUCAUCAGCGAAUGGCAGCAUUGGAAGUGUUAGUAGUGGUAAUGCUUCUGAUCUAGGCUUAUUGCCGCCGCCUGCUCCUCAGAUAGUGCCUCAAACUACAAGACGGUAUACAGACCGACCAGUAGAUAAUGGGUGGUAUCGAGCUGAUGGCUCGCAGUCAAAUAUUAGGCCGUAUAAUGGUAGUAAUAGGCCCAGAGGUUAUCAAGGCUCCCGUCCUCGACCGCAGUAUCCGCUUCCGCUUCAACAUCCUCUACCACCAACACCCACUCGACCAUUUGUGAGUGUCUCGAACGAACAAUCUCACUAUUCGCAACAGCAAGAGCAUCGACGACCACCGCAGUAUCGACCACCUUUACAAAUGCAAAUGCAACAACAGGAUUACCAGCAGUCACAGAUGAAUCAUGGAUAUAUAGGUGGCGGUAUGAACAUGCUGCCUCAACAGGCUCCUAUGGGUUACAUACCUAUACAGCAAGCUGAUGGAUCAGUAGCAUAUCAAGCAGUAAUGUAUCCUGGAGUAGUCCCCGUCUGGUUUCCAGGCAAUAUGCCUGUUGGCAGUAACAAUAAUAUGAAUAUGCAAAGUAGUAGUAUUAGUAACAGUAAUAUUGUCACCAACGAGGCACUGUCUCCUACACUAGUGCCAAAUCAGAUGAGUGGCAUUCCACCACAAUACGGGUAUGCUCCAUAUACAGGAUAUAAAAUGCCGCCAUCACAGCCCUUGUAUUAUGGACCACCAGGGGGUAUGAUGAUGCAACAGCAGCAACCUCCAAGUAAUAGUGAAGGAGGAGAUCCAGAUGAAGCUCCAUCGUUAUAG